AUGAAAAGUAAUCUCCAUUGUGUGGAUCAACUUCGAGAUUUUGGUAUAAUUGUGAACGAUGUGCCCCUCCAACAUCUAAAGCGCGAAAAUUGCAAUCAAUAUUUGCAUUCACUUAUUGAUGAAAACUCGGGGUUACAUAUCCCGAUGGACUUCCUGAAGCCUAUUAGCUUCUUUGCUUGUCGCAAACCUGCGCUGUCUGAACUUGAUGAAUAUGUUUCGGUGGAAAUGACCAGUUCCGUCCCAUGGGAACCUUAUGAUCCUGAAUCCUCUCGCAUCGAACAAAAAUCACGACGGGACAGAGUUGAGGCGACCAUCAAUGGUGUUAAAACUGAUGGCAAGAGCUAUUUGGUCAAACCUGAACAACUUGCGCGAAGGUGGCGAAUCAGCCUUGAAUGUGCCCGUCGUACUCUCCAGAAAACAACCCAGCGUGCUUUGCGGGACUGGACUAAAGUUGAAGGCUCAAGACAAUUUUGCCCCACUCAAUUCCAACUUGAAUAUCCUAGGUUGCGUGCUGAUAUUUGGGCCGAUAAUAAACAAGGCCCCUGUGUUUCUGCUGAAGGAAAUAAGUAUGUUGCUGUCUAUGCUGCUGCCUGUCAAUGGGCCUGUUGCUACGCUUUGAAGAAAGAAUCUGAAUCGUUGACUGUUGGAGAAUUUCAAAGAGUUGCAAAUAAGGCCCAGGUUCCAAUACAUCCUAGCAAGCCUUACAAUCCUGAUCAAAACCUUGCUGAAGAUUGUAUUUGUGAAACAACAAGAAUGAAAAUGGUAUUGACAAAUUUGGAGUUGUUCCUGGGAGAAAAAGAAGAGCAGAUGGGCUCGAUGGUUAGUUCGUAUCAUGAGAAGCCUUUCUUGGACACUUCUAUUUAUGAAAUCGAAUGGCAUGAUGGUGAAACUGAAUCCUAUUGUGCAAACGGGGUUAUUGAAGCAAUGAUGAUAAAUGUUGAUGAUGACGGUAAUAGUAUCCUCCAUGUGAAAGAAUUUAUUGAUCACAGGAUGGAUGGCACACGAGUCGAUGCUGAUGAUGGUUUUGUCAUGGUAAAGAAUAAGAAAGUUCCUCAACGAACUACAAAAGGGUGGUAUCUGUGUGCUCAAAUUCAUGGUGAUGAGACAGAAUGGAUUGAUUUGAAAACUGCAAAGGAGGCCUAUCCAAUUCAGGUGGCCGAAUAUGCUGUUGCUCACAAACUUGUAUCUGAGCCUGCUUUCUCAUGGUGGGUUCCUUAUAUUUUGAAGAAGCGUGAUAGAAUUCUAAAGGCUGUGAAAAGGAGAGCCUUAACUCGCAAUUCUGAGAAAUUUGGUUUAGAAUUGCCUGGUACUGGUCCAAAAGGUGUGAGACGUGCCUACGUGAUUGAUGCCAACACUGGUAGCAAUCAUUGGGGAAAUGCUAUUGAAAACAAAGUUAAAACUGUGUUGCCUGCCUUUUUAAGAAUCUUGGGACCAAAUGAACCUGUUCCCCCUGGAUAUACUUGUAUUGACUUGAUGACUGUCUUUGAUGUUAAGAUGGACCUCACAUGA